CGGAGCGCGCACCGCUCUGCCGGACUUCCCGAGCAGGGGCAACCGGAAGGAGGCCGCCUGCCCUGGGCCUACCCGGGACCCGCGCCCGGUUCACGCGGCGGGCUGGCGCACGCCUUCCGCAGAGCCCCGCGCUGGGGACAAGGUGGCCUCAAGCCUCAGCUUGCCAGGGAGCGCCUCUUCAUAGCCGUUACUGUCGCCGUCGCCAGAGGCCGCAGAGGUGCUACCAGAUUGUGCCAAGGCUCCUCACCAGCACAGAUCUCUCCCACAACAAUGUCUUCCAUUAAGAUCGAAUGUGUUUUGCCGGAGAACUGCCGGUGUGGUGAAUCUCCAGUGUGGGAAGAGGCAUCCAACUCUCUGCUCUUUGUAGAUAUUCCUGCAAAAAAGAUUUGUCGGUGGGAUCUGCUCACCAAGCAAGUGCAGCGAGUGACCAUGGAUGCCCCUGUCAGCUCUGUGGCCCUUCGCCAGUCAGGAGGUUAUGUCGCCACCAUUGGAACAAAGUUCUGUGCUUUGAACUGGGAUGAUCAAUCAGCAGUUGUCCUGGCCACUGUGGAUAUAGACAAGAAAAACAAUCGAUUCAAUGAUGGGAAGGUGGAUCCAGCUGGGAGAUACUUUGCUGGCACCAUGGCUGAGGAAACAGCCCCAGCAGUUCUCGAGAGGCGCCAAGGGUCCCUGUACUCCCUCUUUCCUGACCACCACGUGAAGAAGUACUUUGGCCAAGUGGACAUCUCCAAUGGUUUGGAUUGGUCCCUAGACCACAAGAUCUUCUAUUAUAUCGACAGCCUGUCCUACUCGGUGGAUGCCUUUGACUAUGACCUACAUACAGGACAGAUCUCCAACCGCAGAAGUGUUUACAGGCUGGAGAAAGAAGAACACAUCCCAGAUGGGAUGUGUAUUGAUGUUGAGGGGAAGCUCUGGGUGGCCUGUUACAAUGGAGGAAGAGUGAUUCGUUUAGAUCCUGAAACAGGGAAAAGACUCCAAACUGUGAAGUUGCCUGUUGAAAAAACAACUUCAUGCUGCUUCGGAGGGAAGGAUUACUCUGAAAUGUAUGUGACCUGUGCCCGGGAUGGACUAGACCCUGAUGGUCUUUUGAAGCAACCUGAAGCUGGUGGAAUUUUUAAGAUAACUGGACUGGGGGUCAAAGGAAUUGCCCCAUAUUCCUAUGCAGGAUGAGUGACAGGUCUUCUUUCCUGAUGGAAGAAAUCUUGAAGGCAACUAGAAAAUUCUGGGGCUGAAAUUUCAAUCUAGUCAGAAAAAAUAAAGUGAAUUUAUUAUUAACAAGAUUAAAUUUAAUUUCCAAUUUUUAAAAGGUAGAACAUUUUUAACAAGGAAUGAUAUGUGGUUUUUAUAAGGCCUUCUGUAAAAGGCACUAAAGAAAUGCAAAGAUAUGUUCAAGUGUCAACCAGCCUCUUUACUCUGCAAAUUGCUGGAGGGCGGGUAGAGGAAGAAGGGACUAUAUUCUUUAUUCUGCAUUCUACACUUAGUAUACCUAAAACUUCCAAAAACUAAUAAAUAGUAACUUGUUAAUGACUAUUUACAA